AUGCUCCGAGGCGUGCGUGCGCAAGCGCAGGCUGCCGCGGCGAGCGCGAAGCGCGCGGCGAGUACCGAUGUCAAGGCGGGUGCAGCACCUCUGAGCUCGGCCUUGCUGGUGACGCGCGCGCCCGUGCUCCAGCGCGAGCUGACGUCGUUUGAGCGCGAGUACUACCGCUUCAACACGGCCCUGUCGCACACGCUCAUGCAGCCGUUCCCGCGCGACAUGUACUUCAAGAAGGGAUCGGCGGCAGAGUCGCGGUUUGACGAGUACUAUACGCAGCUGCAAAAGACGUGGGAGGUGGAGACAGAGACGCGCGGCGCGCACGAGUCGCGGAAAAACGCACAGAACGACUCGGACGCGGAGCUCUACGCGACGCUUCCGCGCACGACCGACGCCGAUGCACAAAAGAAUGUGCGCAGCUUGGAGCGCGCACUCGACCGGACACUCUACCUGUUUGUCUCGGACAAGAAGGACGAGUGGCGCCUGCCUGCCAAGGCGCUGCCGACCGAGCGCACACUCGACGACACACUGCACGGCACGGCGACCGAGGCCGUGACGGAGAAACUGGGAGAUACCAUGGACCUGUGGCUCGUGAGCAAGCUGCCGAUUGCCGUCGUGCAGGGCGCACCCAAGACCUACAUCCUCCGCGCGCACGUGCUUGCAGGCGAGCCGCUCGCCAAGAAGGGCGUCGAGUUUGCGUGGCUCACCAAGGAGGAGGCCGCCGAGCGCUUUGAAAAGGGCAGCAGCGACGCCAAGGCGUACUGGAACAAGGUCCAAGGACUGCUGGACGAGUAG